AUGGCUAUUGGCUGCCCUGUGCUUGCUCGAAAUAUCCCGGCUAACCUGGACCUCAUCGAACACGAGAGAACUGGACUAAUUUUUAGUACACAGGCAGAGUUGAAAUUGAGUCUCCAGAAGAUAACCGAAGACAGCGAUCUCCGUUCCCGAUUGGUGCAGAAUGCAAUGCAGAAGAUGCGCUCACCGGAGUAUCAGUUUGACUGGGAAGCUGCAUCCUACUUAAGACUGCUGAAGGAGAUCAGUUCCAGGCCACUGCAUCCCAGCCCUUGA